AUGAUGCCCCUCGCCGCUGGAGCUGUGCAGCCAGGUGCCUUGAAGCAGAGUAUGUCUGAAGGAGCAGGGGCCGCACCCACGAGACCCACGAAGCUAUUCAUUGGAGGCAUCACCCGCAACACAACGCCCCAAGCUCAGCAUCUCAAUCACAGCUGUGUGCCUGACUAG